CUCUGCUCCCGGGGGGGGGGGCCUGCGAGUCCCGGAGCUGCUGCCCUCCCUGACCCCCCCCCCCCGGCUCUGCCCCCCUGAGCGCCUGCAGGAGCCGAGCCAGCGCCGGGAGAGCGACCGUCUCGGGCCGGCCAGGGACCGAGUCUCCCGGGCAGAGGGGAUGGAGAAGGGGCCGGAGAGAGAGAACAAAAUUUCAGGAGGGAUCAAUGCUCCCAUUCAGGGCAAGAUUUUCAAAAGUGCUCAGCUGCUAACACCUCCCCACAGAGAACAAUGGAGAUGCCCCCCAUGGAGAACAAUGGCGAGUGCCCCCUCCCCGUGGAGAAUAGUGGGAGUUGCUGAGGGCCUGAAGAAAGGAUAGAAAGUCUGAGGCUGUCUUUGCUGCCAACAAAGGGGGUGUUUUUACAGCAGGAGAUAGCUAACAUCCUUUUGUUUUCCUGCUGUAAAAUCUUAGUGGAGAAAUGACUUGAAUUUUUCCUAUGAUGUAGCUACUCAAGGACAAACCCAGGAGUGGAGAGGGGCGGUAUAGUGUUGACCUCACCAUGCGGUAAAAAUCUGGCUGCACCCUGUCUCCACUGGCAUUUUACCAAGAAUUGGCUGUCAUUUGUCUUGUAAAAAACUAAAACGAAACCCCUCUUCUGGCAGUAGAGACAGCCUACCAAAGGCAGCAGGAGGUGAGGAGGUUCCCAGCUCCCAGACCUGCCUAGAUCCCUUUCCUGCAGCAUCCCUGGGCAGAUUCAUUUUCCUGGGAACAGGGCAAGGAGCAGAGAGAGGGAAAGCCAGCUCCUGAUAAUGCCAAGGAGUAUCCCCCAAAGCUGCUCCUUUGAGUCUGCUUUUUAUGAUGAUUAUUAUUGCUCUUUUCAGGCACACAAAAGUGGCCUGGGCGCUUUGCAGAAAGAAGUAUAUGUAUAUAGUCCACAGCCAAUUCAUAUAUUCUGUGGCCAGAAGGGACCAUUUUGAUCAUCUAGGCUGAUCUCUUUCAACACACAGCUGUGAGUGACAAGAAGGAGAACAGUCUGAGAUGGAAGAACCAUACAAGAUGUCUCUGACAAGAUCCAAAGGCAAUGUUUCUGAGAGCCCUGAGCAGGAAAAAACCCCUAGGAGUCCAGGAGACUCAGAAGCACAGCAGCAAAACACUCCAGAGGAAAGUAAAUCUGCUCACAGUGGGCGAGGUGUGAGGAAACGCAAAGGCACCAUCGUCCGCCGGAGAACAUUCAUGGGGGAGAGGCCCAACAUCUGCAUUGAGUGUGGGAAAAGCUUCCUUCAGAGCUCAGACCUUAUUAAUCAUCGGCGAAUCCAUACGGGAGAGAAACCCUAUAAAUGCAUUGACUGCGGGAAAAGCUUCAGUGUCAGCUCAAACCUUAUCCGACACCAGAGAACGCACACGGGAGAGAAACCCUAUAACUGCCCUGACUGUGGGAAAAACUUCACGGACAAGUCUACCCUGACCCAGCACCAGCGCGUCCAUACGGGUGAGAAGCCCUAUAAAUGCAUCGACUGUGGGAAGAGCUUCAGCCGCAGCUCCCAUCACAAGAGGCAUCUGAGGAGUCCUCCAGGGAAGAGGCAGGGUAAAUGCACCCACCGGGAAAGCACUACUGUUGGGAAGGUCAAAGAAACCAAAGCGUCAAAGAAGAGAACCUCGACCAUCGAGAUCCCCAACACUUGCGCUGAAUGCUGGCAAAGCUUCAGCCAGAACUCGGACCUGGUCAAACACAUGAGAAUCCACACAGGAGAGAAACCCUAUGAGUGUCCUGACUGUGGAAAAAGAUUCAAUGUCAGCUCAAACCUGAUCAGACACCAGAGGAUCCAUACAGGAGAGAAACCCUACACAUGCUCUGACUGCGGGAAAAGCUUCACUGACAAAUCCACUCUGACCCAGCACUACCGGAUCCACACGGGAGAGAAACCCUACAUAUGCACUUACUGCGGGAAAAGCUUUAGUCACAGCUCCCACCACAAAAGACAUGAGAAAAUCCACAAGGGAAGGAACUCGGUGUCCUUCCUGCCAUUGUGGCCCUACCCCACUCAAACGUUCUAAAGAAUGGGGUGCAUACUAAAGAGCCAGAAGACGAAUUGGGGUGAAAUACACAGAGAGAGAAAGUGAGCACCCUGGAGAGUGUGACCUGGAGAGUGGGAACUGCUACAUGUCAUCAGACCAGCAGUCAAACUACUCCAGUCCCAUUUCCAAAAGUUGCUAUUAACCACAUACCUCAAAGGAAGGUGUGAAAUUCCCAUAAGGGACAAUUUUGCAAUAACCUGUCCAUGGGGGGGAAAGUGGCUACCUGUUCCCAGGCUGUUAAUUGGUUGGCUUAUAUCCUCAAUAUAAAGAUCCCUUAGAAACCUUUAUCUUAGCCAUGGUAACUGUUGAUGAUAUUUUUUAUCAUUCCCAUAGAUGUGUCUAAUUCCCUUUUUUUGGAAUCCUACUCUUGUUCUCCAUAACAUCUUGUGACGGUGAGUUCAACAUGCUAGCCAUGCAUUGUGUAAAUAGUAUUUCUUGUCAGUUUUAAUUAGUACCCAUUAUUUCACUGGGCAUCUCCUUUUUCUUGUACUAUGAAAGAGGGCUAGUGGGGAACCCGAUUUACUGGUACUUUCUCUCUGCUGUUUAUACACCUAAAUCACGUGCCCUCUUUUUCAUCAUCUCACUAGACUAAAUAGUUCCAGUCUUUUCAUCCCCUUCUCAUACAGAAGUCUCUCCUGCCCUCUAACAAUUGUUGUCCUCUGUCUCUGAACCCCCUCUAAUUCUGCUAUAUCCUUUUUGAGAUGGGAUGACCAGAUCUGAAUGCAGUAUUCCUCGUUUGGGUGUCCCAUCAAUUUAUAUAGUGGCAUUAGAAUAUUCAGUAUUAUUUUCUAUCCAAGUGUUUAUCCAUACUUUAUUUUUUAUCCACUAUUGCACAUUGUGGAGAGGUUUUCAUUAAUGUCUAGUAUGACUCCUGCAUCUCUUUCCUUAGUUGUUGCACUUAAUUUAGAUCCUAGCUGUGUGUAUGAGUAGACGAUAUUGUCCCUUUUAAUGGGCCACAUGGUGCCAGUAAUUUCCAAGCAAAACUCUCUCUUUGAAUAGGGAGAUUAAUUAUAUAUCUAUAUUGGUAGAGACUUUCAAAGCAGCCUAAGGAGUUUGGAUGCCCAGGAUGUGGUUUUCAAAAGCUCCUAAGUGAUUUGUAAUGGUAUUUAGGCAUUGUUCUGCUCAGCAUUGCAACACUUAAGUCUCAUUUUCAAAGUUGACUUAAGCACUUAGGAGCCUAAUUCCCACUAAAAGUCAAGAAAAGUUGUUCUCCUAUAUCACUUAAGACCAGAUUUUCAAAGGUAUUUAGGUACUUAGAGAUGCAGAUAGGUGUCUAGUGGGAUUUUCAAAAGUGCUUAAGUGCCUAACUCUCAUUGAAAUACCCGCUCAAAUCAGUGGGUGUUAGGCAUGUAGGCAAUUGUGAAAAUCCCUUUAGGUGCCUAAAUAACUUUAAAAAUCUAGCCCUUAGGCACUUUUGAAAAUUUUACCCCGAAUUUCCAGAGCUGGGCGUCCAAAUCCCUUUAGAUGGUUUUGAAAAAUCUCAGCUGACCUCUGUCAAUCAUAAGGUUUUUUCAUAGAACCCAUCACCAUACUAUUUAAACACUUCCCAAGAAAAUGAAAUCUGAUUUUAAACUGAUGGCAUGAUCUGGCUCAAAGUGCAUUGUGUUGCACUUACCUCACUGAAUUCCAUCUGCUGUCAUGUUGUCUAGUUCAUGUAACAUUGUUAGGUCCCCUCUGAAGUAACUCAGCCUUCUUUAUACCCAAAGUAAUGCAAAUUUUGCCACCUCAGUUCUCAUAUUAAACAUUAGCCCUAGGCAUGGGCAAAGUUUGGAUGGGGCAGAGGGGAUGUUGCCCCCAAAACUGCAAGCCUUGGGCAAGUGUGGAAUUUCCCCCCCCCAGCACAGCCCCAUUGGCCUGACUGGAGCUGCCCCCCCAAAUAUAAAAGUCAAACUGUGACCAGAUGUCCUCAUUUUAUCAGGACUGUCCUGAUUAUUAUGGGCUUUGUCUUAUGUAGGAUCCUAUUUACUCCCUCACUCCUCCAUUACCACUCCCUUGUCCUGAUUUUUCACAUUUGCUGUCUGAUCACCCUAAGUAGUCCUAAUACAGGACUGUGAAGGCACCCCACUGUUAACCUCUUACAAUAUUGAAAAACUGAUUAUUUAUCCUUUUUGUUUUCUUCCUCUUAGCCAGUGUCCAAUCCAUAACAGUACAUUUCUCGUUCAUCCUGUGACUACUUGGCUGCCUUAAGAGCCUCUGCUGAGGGACUUUGUCAAAAGGUUUUUUUGAAAGUCUAAAUAAAUUAGAUAAAUGAGAA